AUGACCACCGUUUCUCCCCCUCGUCCACCACCUUCUUCUUCUCCUCUUUCAUCUCUUUCUUCUUCAAAUAUCAAAAACAAUGUUCCUAUUAUUCUAGACAUGGAAAAUGUUCAAUAUUCUACGUGGGCGGAAUUGUUCAAAAUCCAUGCUAGAUCAAGUCAAGUGAUCAAUCAUAUUAUUCCUUCGUCCAAAGCCAAGGUUCCUACCACAGAUGAAGAAAAGGAAGAAUGGUCCACCAUUGAUGCUACGGUGUUAAAGUGGAUCUGUGCCACCAUUUCUGAGGAUCUUCUUAACACUAUCUUGGAACCCGAUUCAACGGCUCAAGCGGCGUGGGAAAUGCUACGGGAUAUUUUUCAAGAUAAUAAAUCAUCCCGUGCCAUCACCCUUGAACAAGAAUUCUCCAAUACUAUUAUGGAGGAUUUUCCUAGUGCAUCUGCUUAUUGUCAACGUUUAAAGAUGUUGGCCGACCAACUUAAGAAUGUUGGCGCUCCGGUUUCUAAUAACCGACUUGUUUUACAAAUGGUUGCGGGUCUUACCGAUGCAUACAAUGGUUUGGGACGUUACUUCGCCAAAGUGACCCUCUUCCUCCUUUCUACCAAGCCCGAUCAAUGCUUGUUCUAG